AUGGAAAGCCCAAUUUAUAUUAUCGGACUUGGUAACCUGGGCAAAUACGUUGCCCACGCUCUCAAGAAACAGUCAUCCAAGACGCCUGUAACCCUUUUACUGCACAGGGAAAGCCUAUCGGAAGAAUGGCAACACUGUGGACAAACCAUUGAAUGCUUUCGCAAUGGAGCUAGCGAUAAGUCAUCCGGAUAUUCGACAGACCUGUUUUCAGGGACCUCUCCAAUCAAUAAUCUUAUCGUGACGACCAAGACAUACAAGACAGCCCAAGCACUUGCACCUAUUAGGCACAGGCUUGGCCCUGAAUCCAGCAUUCUGUUUCUUCAGAAUGGGAUGGUCGCAAGGAACUAUCGAGGAGGUCUCUGCCAGCCUAUUCAAGGAGGCCGAAUUGCGCCCCAACUACUGGGCUGGCAUUGCAAGUGUGGGAAUAUACAAGCACGGCCCAUUUUCCAUCGUGCACGCUGGCAAAGGCAGCCUAAUUAUUGGAAAAGUAGAAGGGCGCAUUGAUGUAUCUUCAGCAGCAGAUAUGAGCGGUGGGAACUUUAUGGUGCAACGCCUCCUCGAAGCAGACGGACUUGCAGCCACUUUGGUGGAGCCCGAGUCGCUCAAGAUUUCGCAAUUCCGAAAGCUGGCGGCCAACGCGAUAAUAAACCCAUUAACGGCUUUACUCGGCUGCGCCAAUGGUGAAGUUUUUGGCAGUCCAUCCCGACAGGAUGCCAUUCAGCAACUUAUAGCAGAAACGGGAGCAGUGAUCCGUGCCCUUCUACCAUCUAGCGCUAGAGAGGAAGUCGGCGAACAGUUUUCCAACCGGGGUCUUUCCCAGUAUAUUAUGGAGGUGGCGACAAAAACGGCAAAGAACUCCUCAUCGAUGCUGCAAGACUUCCGAGCGGGCAGGGAGACCGAGAUUGGGUACAUCAACGGAUAUAUUGUAGAACAAGCCAAGAGACUUGGGCUGCCGCACGCGCGCAAUUCUGCCCUUGUGGAUAUGAUCAAACAAGGGCAAGCUAUACCCGAGGAUGACGAGGUUAUUCACAAGCUAUCCGGACUGCCAUAA